AUGCAACGACAGAAAUUCUACCUCUACGGCAUCGCGCCCUGUACAGGCGGACUGGCCUUCGGCUAUGACACUGGCUCCGUAAGCGGAGUUCUUGUCAUGCCGCAGUUUCUCACUUACAUGAAUCAUCCCAGCAACUUCUUGCAGGGAGGGAUUACAGCUUCCAUUCAGGCCGGUGCAUUUGCUGGCUCCCUGUUGACCGGGGCCUUCCUCGCGGAUAGGUUUGGACGGAAGAAGACCAUCUUGUUCGGAUCUGCAAUAUUCACGCUUGGAAUCAUUAUUUCCACCGUGGCACAGAAUGUCGCUACGUUGGUGGCUGGUCGUGUUAUUAACGGCCUAGGCAACGGGUGUCUAGCCAUGAUGGUGCCGAACUAG